AGCAGGGAGUAGGAGCCUCCACCAGCCCAUGUACCUGCUGUUCUGCAACUUGAGUAUUAACGACGUGUUCGGAGCCACGAUAAUCCUCCCUCGUUUCCUCAGGGAUCUUUUGUUAUCGCACUCAGAGCGGCACAUUCAUUACAUCAGCUGCGUCACUCAGGCCUUCUGCGUUCACCUCUAUGCUGGUGCCUCCCACACGGUGCUCAUGAUCGGCCUCAGCAUCCGCCUGUCGCGCUGCAGGUCAGUUAUCUUCCCCCCGUUCUGUGACAACGCCUCCUUGUUCAAGCUCUCCUGCGAGAGCCUCCUCAUCAACCAGGUGUACGGCCUCGGCUACACCGUGGUCCUGCUGGGCUCCUCCAUCGGCAGCGUCACGCUCACCUACCUGAAGAUCGCUGCGGUGUGUCUGAGCAGCAAGAACAAGGCGCUGAACAGCAAAGCUCUGCAGACCUGCGCCACACACCUGACUGUGUAUGUCCUCCUGCUGGGCUCAGGCUUCCUCAUCGUCAUCCUGCACCGUUUCCCUCAGCUGUCCGACCACAGGAAGUGGGUGAAGGUGGCGGCCAUUCUAGGCGAAGUGGUUCUUCCUGCUCUGAACGCUGUGAUCUACGGGCUGCAGAUCAAAGAGAUCAGACAGAGGAUUAUCUCUGUGUUUCACUGCAGCAAGGUGAUCCAGAUGAAAUGA